UCUCUCAUCACUGUGUUGAUGGUGAAGUUCACCCAUGCUCGGACUCACUCUCUGGUGUAUUUCCGCUUGGGCCUUUCAGAUCCUAGCCAUGGCAUCCCUGAAUUUAUCUCAGUUGGGUAUGUGGACUCACACCCUAUCACCACAUAUGACAGUGUCACUCGACGGAAGGACCCUCAGUCCCCAUGGAUGGCAGAAAACUUGGAGCCUGAUCACUGGGAGAGGUAUACUCAGCUGCUGAGAGGCUGGCAACAGACAUUCAAGACGGAGCUGAGGCACCUGCAGAGGCACUACAAUCACUCAGGGGUUCACACUUAUCAGAGAAUGAUUGGCUGUGAGUUGCUGGAAGAUGGAAGUACUACAGGAUUUCUCCAAUAUGCAUAUGAUGGGGAGGAUUUCAUUAUCUUUAAUAAAGAUACUCUCUCCUGGGUGGCUGUAGAUAAUGUGGCUGUCAUCACCAACCGGGCGUGGGAGGCCAAUCAAUGUGAGUCAGUUCAAAAGAACUGGCUGGAAAAAGAAUGCAUUGCCUGGCUCAAGAGAUUCCUAGAGUAUGGAAAAGACACUCUACAAAGAACAGAACCACUUGUCAGAACACAUCGCAAAGAAACUUUUCCAGGGAUUACAACUCUUUUCUGCAGAGCUCAUGGCUUUUACCCUCCGGAAAUCUCCAUGAUGUGGUUUAAAAUUGGAGAAGAAAUUGUUCAAGAAGCAGAUUAUGGAGACAUCCUUCCCAGCGGAGAUGGAACCUAUCAGACAUGGGUGUCUGUUGAACUGGAUCCUCAGGACAAUGACAUUUACUCUUGUCAUGUGGAGCACUGUGGUCUCCAAGUGGUUAUUCAGGAUCCCCAGGAAUGGAAAGUCCUUCUUCUGGUGACAAAAGCUGUCCCUGCAGCCCUGGGGCUCAGCAUUGUCCUGGCUGGAGUUGGCAUUUGGGCCUGGAGAAGAAGGCCUCAAGAGAAAAAUGGAGUUAUCUACCAUCCUACAUCAGAUCAAUGA